AAGGAAUCGAUUCACAAGAUUCGUUGGAACUGUGGAGAGAGAACCUAACCUAUAUUGAGAACAAUAUAGACCAGUUUCUAAUUCCGAUCUCACGACUUAAAAACCUUCAAAAUGAGCGAAAGUCGCAUAAUAAAAGGAGAAGAAUCACUAAGAAAACCACCCAAAAUGUUAAAAGACAAAGCUCCCACUACACGUCUGACCAAUGUCAGUCAACAUCAUCCCGCUCAUCGUCGGAGCUGUCUUCAAACAGGUCUUCUUCCUUGGCCUCCUUAGCUUCCGUAGCUUGUUCAUCAUUUGCUUCCUCCUCAUCGACAGUGGCCAAUAUAUUAAGAAAAAUCAAAAAUAACAAAGAUUUACUCGCGAUGGAUAAAAACUGCAUCAUUGAUCUCCACGCGCAUUCCAAGUAUUUGAAAAAUGAGGAAGUGAAGUCUUUAAAGGAGUAUUUUUCUUCACUAGAAAUGACAGUUCCAUCAUAUAUAUCAGAACUUUUAUUAAAAAUUUCAAAUUUAUACAAUAAUAUUAACGGCAUUGAUGAACUAUUUGAGAGGCUUCAAGAAUUGAAGUCAAAUUAUAAAUUGUCAAUUCGAGAUCAUGAAUCUCGAAAAAUUUAUUUUAUUUUCACGUUUGUUGAGUCGAUGCUUAUUAAAUAUAAGAUGAAUUUUUUUUCAUCUCAAAUGAAUGAAGCAAAGUGGUCGGUCGAAUUUUUCGGGCGUGUUGCAGAGUUGAUAGUAUCAGAUGAUAAAUUACGCACAGAUUGGAAUAGUCAUUCGUUAUCGUCUCGAGAAAGAAUGAUCGAAAACAAUCCAUCAAGACUCGGCAAGAAGCCGGAUCUCUUCAUUGUCAAUAGUUCAGGUUAUGAAUUAUUUUAUUUGGAAAUAGCUGGAGAUCUCAAUAAUAAGAAAAAAUCAAACCACAUUGGUGAUUACGAUAAAAGACUUCAAGUCAUUGAAAUUCCGACAGUGUUUGACAAUCAUUUCGCGCGGCUUCGAACAUUCAUUGAAUGCAUUUGUGUUCUUUCAGCUAAUAUCUAUAAAAUGGAGACCCUGCUCGAUGAAAACAGAAAAUCAAGCAAUUCAAGAAGUCCACAAUUAGCAAAAAAAAUUGGUAUGAAGGACUCUCCUAUUAAAAAAAAGAAAUCGAAUACAUCUAAAACAUCCAAAAAGAAGG